AAUGCUCAAGAUUCCACAACACUUGUUCCUGCAAUUAUUAUAUUUGGCGAUUCAGCUGCUGAUGUAGGAAAUAAUAACUAUAUUCUUACACUUUUUAAAGCCAAUUAUCCACCUUAUGGAAGAGAUUUUGUUACUCAUCAACCUACUGGUAGAUUCUGUAAUGGAAAAUUAGUCACCGAUAUGACUGCUGAUGUACUUGGCUUCACUACUUACCCGUCUGCAUACUUGAGCCCUCAAGCAUCUGGCAAGAAUCUCCUUAUUGGUGCUAAUUUCGCUUCCGCCGGUGCUGGCUACGAUGAUAAAACAUCCAUCCUCAACCAUGCAAUUCCAUUGCCAAAACAGAUGCAAUAUUACAAGGAAUACCAAUCCAAGCUAGAAAAAGUUGCAGGCAAACAGAAAGCAGCAUCCAUACUAAAGGAUGCACUCUACACAUUAAGUGCUGGAACUGCUGAUUUCUUACAGAAUUACUACUUCAAUCCUUAUCUUAACAAAAUUUCUACUCCUCGUCAGUAUAGUUCUUAUCUUGUCCGCAUGUUCACUCGCAUCGUCAAGGAGUUGUAUGGGCAAGGAGCAAGAAGGAUUGGGGUGACUUCAUUGCCAGCAUUGGGCUGUCUCCCAGCUAUUAAAACAUUGUUUGGAUUUCAUAAGAGUGGAUGUAUCUCAAGAAUCAAUAGAGACGCCCAACACUUGAACAAAAAGAUGAAUUCAACUGCAACCAGAUUGCGAAAGCAACUUCCUGGCCUUAAAAUUGCUAUAUUUGACGUUUUCCAGCCCAUGUAUGACCUCGUGAAAUCUCCAUCAGACCACGGAUUCGCGGUAGCUAAUCGAGGGUGCUGUGGGACUGGAAAAGUGGAGACAACAUCAUUCUUUUGCAACCCAAAGUUAGCAGGGACAUGCAAAAAUGCAACAGAGUAUGUGUUUUGGGAUAGUGUACAUCUAUCUCAAGCUGCUAACCAAGUCCUGGCUGAUUCACUCAUUAUCCAAGGCAUCAGCCUACUUGGAUAAUUAAUCCAACAAAAUAUGUGGAUUGUAUUAUUAUUGUUGUGAGUUUUGAAUUACUCUAGCAACUGGAACAGUUGAGGAACUGUAGUAGCUCAGUUGGUUGGCUUUUAGAACUUUCAUCUGUUGAUGAUGGUUCGAUUCUCACCUUGUAAUCCUCUCCCCCGCAACACUGCCACCUGGUUUACUUUUUCCUUUGUUCUUUUUAAAUUUCAAAAUGUCAGAAAGUUAAUUUGUGAUGUA